AGGAGUUUGAUAUUUGUGAAGGAGACCAAGGAAUCAAUUGGAGAAGACGUACCUAUUCUACCAUUUUAGAUAUACUUAUGAAAAAAUAUCCGAACCCCGAAGAAGAACUUCCGGUGAAAAACAUCACCGAACUAAAUACCAAAAUAUUUAAUAUACAUUACGAUGAAACUCCCGUAAAAGUGACAACUACUGAUGGAAGAGAACAUUUUGCUGAUCAUGUAAUAUUUACCCCAUCAUUGGGCGUACUUCAAAAAAAUUAUAAUCGGUUAUUCAGUCCAUCGCUGCCUGCUAAAAAACUUAAUGCAAUUAGAAAUCUUUCUUUCGGUCAUGUGGCUAAAAUAAUCGUGUACUACGUAAAUCCUUGGUGGUUGAAUGAGCCAGUUUUCAUGAGGGGUAUUUACUGGACUGAAGAAGAUCGAAACGAAAUUGAAAAUGACCCCCAAAAAAGAUGGAUGCUUGGAGUAUCUGUAGUGAACAGGGUGGAACACAAACCAAAGUUAAUUCUUUUUUGGGUAAGUGGAUCCCAUGUUGAUGAAAUGGAAGCCCUUCCGGAAACCAUAUUUCAAGAACAAGUAAAACAACUCAUCAGAAAAUUUUUCAGAAAAACCUACAGUCUUACUGAGCCUACAUUAAUUGUGAGGACUACUUGGAAUACUAAUGAAAACUAUCUUGGGACUUGGAGUUAUCGUGGGACGCAGGCCGAUGUUGCUAAUGUUCAUUUGGAAGACUAUGCGGAACCGAUUUUUCUAAACGGCAAACCGGUACUGCAAUUUGCUGGUGAAGCUUCAACUCAUCAUUAUGGUACAGUUCAUGGAGCUAUUGAAUCAGGAUGGCGUGAAGCGGAUCGUUUAAUAGACUUUUAUAAUGCACCGCCACGGAUUAUAAUUGUCGGUUCAGGUGCAUCUGGUAUUGCAGCAGCUUCAAGGCUCCUUGAAAAUGGAUUUGAUAAUAUCGCUAUACUUGAAGCUGAAAACCGGGUUGGUGGAAGAAUUUAUUCGGCUAAAAUGGGUGAAUAUUUAGUCGACUUGGGAGGUCAAUGGGUGCACGGCGAAAAAGAUAACGUUGCAUUUGAGUUAGCUUGGCCAUUAGGCCUUCUUCAAAAGUCUUCUGAUAGUGGACUCGUCUUGAAUGUGAAAAUAUUUGGAUCAUCGGGAGAAGUAAUUCCUGAAAGUAUAGCAACCCCAUUGUUUAAAUAUCUUAUUGAUGAUGUUUCAAACAUAUACGAUGAUAUCUAUCAUUUGAAAACUGGCUCGUUUGGUGAAUACGCAGAAAUGAAAUUCAAUGAAUAUUUUAAAAAUCAUCCAGAAAUAACUGCUGAUAAACAUAGAUCACUGCUUCACUUAUUGAAUAUGAUGGAAAUGGCAAAUGAUGCUGCAGCAAGUUGGCAUGAUGUUUCAGCAAAAGGUUUAAAGGAGUAUGGGGUGUGUGAAGGAGAUCAAUUAAUUAAUUGGAGAAGACGUACAUAUUCUACCAUCAUAGAUAUACUGACGAAAAAAUAUCCAAAUCCAGAAGAAGAACUCCCGGUGAAAAAUAUCACCAAGUUAAAUACCAAAGUAUAUAACAUACAUUAUGAUGAAACUCCUAUAAAAGUGACAACUACUGAUGGAAGAGAACAUUUUGCUGAUCAUGUAAUAUUUACCCCAUCAUUGGGCGUACUUCAAAAAAAUUAUAAUCGGUUAUUCAGUCCAUCGCUGCCUGCUAAAAAACUUAAUGCAAUUAGAAAUCUUUCUAUAGGGCAUGCGGCUAAAAUAAUUAUUUAUUAUACUAAUCCUUGGUGGUUAAAUGAUCCAGUUCACGUAAGGAGUAUUUACUGGACUGAAGAAGAUAGAAACAAAAUUGAAAAUGACCUCCAACAAAGGUGGAUGCUGGGAAUCUCUUCAGGAGUUCGAGUAGAACACAGACCAAAGUUAAUUCUUUUUUGGGUAACUGGACCUCAUGUUCAUGAAAUGGAAACCCUCCCGGAAUGGACAUUUCAAAAACAAAUGAAGCAAUUCAUCAGAAAAUUUUAUGGAAACACAUACAAUCUUACUGAGCCUACAAUAAUAAAACGAACCACUUGGAAUACUAAUGAAAACUUUCUUGGGACUUGGAGUUUCUAUGGGACGCAGGCCGAUGCUGCUGAUGCUCAUUUUGAAGAUUAUGCUGAACCGAUCCUACUAAACGACAUACCGGUACUGCAAUUUGCUGGUGAAGCUUCAACUUAUCAUUCUAGUACAGUUCAUGGAGCUAUCGAAUCAGGGUGGCGAGAAGCGGAUCGUUUAAUAAACUUUUAUAAUCCAUCUCCACGGAUUAUAAUUGUCGGUUCAGGUGCAUCUGGUAUUGCAGCAGCUACAAGACUUCUUCAAAAUGGAUUUAGUAAUAUUAUUAUUUUUGAAGCGGAAAAUCGAAUAGGCGGGAGAAUUCAUUCCAUAAAAAUUGGUGAAUAUUUAAUAGACAUCGGAGCUGAGUGGGUUCAUGGGGAAAAAGAUAAUGUUGCAUUUAAAUUAGCAACCCCGUUCGGGUUACUACAGCGAUCUACUGAGAACAAUGAAUUCUAUUUAACAUCAAAAAUAUUUGGAUCCUCUGGGGAUCAAAUACCCGAAAAAGUAGCAACUCAAUUAAUUAGACAUCUCAAUGACAUAACUGAAUCGGUAGGCGACGCUAUUCAUAGUUUGAAAACUGGUUCGCUUGGCGAAUAUACAGUAAAGAAGUUUAAUGAAUAUUUCGAAAAUCAUCCAGAAAUAUCUGCUGAUAAACAGAAACCACUGCUUCAUUUAUUAAAUUUGAUGCAAAUGAUUUAUGAUGGCGGAGAAAAUUGGUUUGAAUUAUCAGCAGAAGGUGAAAGAGAUUAUUUAGAGUGCGAAGGAGAUCAAGCAAACAAUUGGAAGCAACGUACUUACGCUACUAUUUUAGAUAUUCUUAUGAAAAAAUAUCCAAAUCCAGAAGAAGAACUUCCAAUGAAGUUUAUAACUAAAUUGAAUACCAAAGUAUCUAAAAUAAAAUACGAUAACACGCUCGUAAAAGUAACAACAAGUAAUCAACAAUCAUAUUUAGCUGAUCAUGUGAUCUUCACACCGUCUUUAGGUGUACUUCAAAAAAAUCACAAUAAGUUAUUCAGUCCACCGUUACCUGAGAAAAAACUAAAUGCAAUUAAAAAUCUUUCAUUCGGGCGUGUGGCUAAAAUAAUUGUCUACUACGAAAAUCCUUGGUGGUUAGACGACCCAGUUUACGUAAGAGCUUUUUAUUGGACAGAGGAAGAUAAAAAACAGAUUGAAGAUGACCCUCCGAAAAAAUGGAUGCUUGGAGUAUCUCUAGGAAUGCGAGUGGAACAUCGACCAAAGCUUCUUCUUUUUUGGGUGACCGGACGUUAUGUACGUCAUAUGGAACUGACUCCCGAAGUAUUCUUUCAAGAACAUGUGAAAGAACUUAUAACUAAAUUUUUCGGAAAAGCUUACAAUCUUACAGAACCUACUGUAAUAAAACGGAGUCUUUGGGCGACCAAUGAAAACUUUCUUGGGACUUAUAGUUAUCGCGGAGUACAAGCUGACAUAGCUGGUGCUCACAUUGAAGAUUAUGCAAAACCAAUCAUUCAAAAUAAUAAACCUGUACAAAUCCUAAUAAUUCGUUACAAUAUAUAUAUAGAUAUUAGAUAUCAACAGUAAAUUUAUUGUCGACUUUAUUUUAUAGGUACUGCAGUUUGCUGGUGAAGCUACAGCUCCACACUAUUCUACAGUUCAUGGAGCUAUUGAAUCAGGAUGGCGAGAGGC